CUCGAACCAUGUCUGCUUGCCGAAACCCGCAUGUGCCACAGACGCUGUUUCGAGCAGGUGCAUAGCGCAUUAGGCGACAACACCGCUGGCUAUGUCGACUGCUUUGGGAAGGGGAGGUAGACGAGCUUAUGGCUGGAGGAGAUACUUAAGGCACACAUGCAGCACGCCAGAUCGAAGGCCAGGCCAGUUGAUCUGUUUCUCACCACACUACCAAUCAGCAAAACAACAAAAGCGGCCAGGACGCCCUUCAUUGAUAUCCACUCAUUCUUCAGUUCAUCAACACUUCGGUUCUAAUCUCUUAACCCACAAUCACCAUGUCUGACACCGCCACCCGUCCUGCUGGCUACAUGAGCGACUCCGACGACGGUCAGGCCUCCGGUGGUCGCAAGAUCUCCACGAAUGUCGGUGGAUACGCCCAGGGACCUUCAGCACCUUCCUCUUCGAGCCUCAACCGCCCCGCAGGAUCAAUUGUCAAGGGGCCCGUCGACGACAACGGAAAGCUUAAAGAUGCAGCGCUGCUACUUGGUAUCAAGCUCGAUUUGGAGGCCGAGAUUCACUUGACGGCACGGAUACGUGGUGAUAUUACAAUUGGAUUGUAUUGAUCUAUGAUGUAAAUGGUAUGCUGGAGGAAACCAGUUCGUAUCCAGUUGGGUAGGGGCACAUGCGCGGGUAUGCGCAGGAGUCCGAGGCAUCAUGCCAUGGCCGACUCCAUCGACAAUCACGGAAGCGGAGGACUCGUGAACAGUGGAGGAGAUGAUAUCCUAAGAUAGCAAUCAAGUUGUUUUUGUUGCCUAAU